CAGAGUGAGAAGACUGAUAAAUUUUCAACACCAUCAUCCAGCAGAAAGAACUUGACUUUUGUUUAACGCGUGAAUCUUUUUGAAGACGAAAUUUCGGUGGAUUUUGGCCAAAAGUUGUACCUCUUGGUGCGUGAUUCACUAACAGAUGUGUUGUACCUUAGAAUAAACAUUGAAUGCGUUAAUAUAAGUUAGUUCUAAUUACAUAAUUUGGAUCCCCAAUACCGAAAGCAAAAGAGAAAGGAGCAGUUUUGCAAAAAUUAUCCAGCCCUCCUGUGGUUGAGGAUAAGGAUUAGCCCGAAGAGUACUUGGUUCAUUGGUGUGACUUUGCCGCCGUUGUCUGCUGUAUGAAAAUUUUGCCCAGUUUUUCCCAAUAGUCUUCCCAGUUUAGGAAACGGCACAGCUUGAAACGUGCACUGAAGAUCGAAGAAAUUCGGUGCUGGAGCUUCGCACCGACACAAUUCUCAAAACGGAAAGCGUACUAAGAGAAAAAUCCAACAAAAACAGACCACCAUGGACAACGAAGGCAUGUCGAACGAGCAGACGGAGAAAGUGCUGCAAUUUCAAGACAUAACCGGCCUGGACGACAUCAACGUGUGUCGGGACAUUUUAAUCCGGCAUCAGUGGGACCUGGAGGUGGCAUUUCAAGAGCAUUUGAACAUCCGCGAGGGGCGUCCAUCGGCCUAUGCAACCGAGUCGCGGGCCCCUCAAGUCGUGAACGAUCGCUUCCUGCAGCAUGUAUUUUCGGCACAGGGCGGUACGAAUGUACCGGUUCCGACCGGCAUCGGCGGAGUGAUUGGAUUCGUAGUCAACUAUGUGUUCAACUUCUGCUACAGUACGGUGUCAUCGAUUGUAACCGCGUUUUUGAAUCUUUUCAAAAAUCGGGAACGAAUUGUGACCGAUCCGUUAGGUGACGUUUUGAAAUUUAUUCAAAACUACAAUGAAAAAUUUCCGGAACAUCCGGUCUUUUACCAGGGCACAUAUGCUCAAGCAUUAAACGAUGCCAAACGUGAGCUCAAGUUUCUUCUAGUCUAUCUGCAUUCCGAAUCCAGCGCUGAAGCGACCAGCUUUUGUCGUGAUACCCUGUCAAAUGCCCAAGUCGUGGAGUACGUCAAUCGUCGGAUGUUGUUCUGGGCGUGUGAUAUAGCGUCUCCGGAAGGUUACCGCGUGUCGCACUCCAUCAAUGCCCGGUCCUACCCGGUGCUGGUUAUGAUUGCCCUAAGAGCAAACAAGAUGGUUAUCAUGGGUCGUAUGGAAGGCCGAUGUACCGCCGAGGAGCUGAUACGGCGUAUGGAAACCGUCGUCAACGAUAACGAAAUCUGGCUCAAUCAGGCCCGCCAGGACCGACUGGAGAGAGAUCUUACGCAAACACUGCGCCAACAGCAGGACGAAGCCUACCAGAUGUCGUUACGUGCUGACCAGGAAAAGCAGCGUCGAAAGCAAGAAGAGCUUGAGGCAGCCAAGCGCGUACAGCAGGCAAUCGAGGCGGAACGAUUGGCCGAACAGCAAAGAUUGGAUAAUAUCGAGAGGCUUAAGAUGGAUUUGGCUUCCCAAGUGCCUUCCGAACCGGAAACGGGAGCUCCCGAUACGAUCAGCAUAGUUUUCAAACUGCCCAGCGGAUUGAGGUUAGAGCGAAGAUUUCAUUCGUCCAACACCCUGAAGGACAUUCACAACUUUAUCUUCUGCCACCCGGACGCACCCGAUUCGUUUGAAGUUACCGCCAACUUUCCGAAGCGGGUCCUACAGUGCGGUGCCAACGAAGGUAGCUCGAGCGGGCCGCUUCCCACGCUGGUGGAGGCUGGGUUGAAGAACCGCGAAGUGUUGUUCGUGGUUGAUUUGGAUGCAUAGGCUGCACAAGCGAGCGGACUAAAAUGUCUACAGAGAGCAGAUGUGAGACUGGAAACUGGUUAAGUCAAGCGAUAGUGACCGCGAAUUGUUAAGAAGAAACGACAUUCUUUUCCGAAAACGAUCGUACCUUUCCUCAACAUUCACUACUAUUUUCUACGGAAAAAAAUUUAGGUUCGAUAAUCAUGGCAAAAGUAUACAGAACACAACACAGAGUACGUAAAACCCAACACAAAACUGAUGAAAGGCCUCGUUAUGUUAUCGUGUUUAUUUUUCAAAUAAUUGAAAUAAAUGAAUAGAAUAUUUGAGAAACGAAGUAUAACAUAUUUACGAAAAAAAUUACACAAAAUCAACAGAUACUAUUUCUAGUGAACAUAAGAAAUUCACUUCUACGAAUUCUGUGAACUGUGUGAAAAGGUUGGGUUAAAUUUUAAGGUCAUUGAACAGCUUUUUGCAUUGUAAAAUUUUCUUUUUGUUGUUAUUUAAGUUUCAUUUUCUCGUAACUUAUUUAAGGCCGAAUAAAACAGAUUGUCUUUAACUA